AUGAGUUCGGAGUUCACGCAAGGUCACGAACCUCUUGUACUUGCCACCGAAUAUAUCGAGUCCAGGCGUAAAAAAGAGGACGAGGAGAAAGUUGGAAAUAAGGAACAAAGAAUAAAAAAUAUGGAAAGCCGUUUGAACAAAGUAGUAGUCGUUGAUGACGUUGAAAAGGAUAGCAAAGAUAUGGCAAAAGCGGUGAAGCAAAAAGGUCGAAAAACAAGAAAAUCAGCCAGAAAAACAUGGAAGUUGAAACUCUACCCUACAAACAACAACAACGACAACAACAAUAACAAUAAUAAUAAUAACUCGCUCGAUGACGGCGUCCAGCCAAGGUACACCCCAGAACCGACGAAAUUUCCAAACAAAGAUAAACUAUUCUCAAUUACGUCCAACGAAAACAACAGCAACAACAAAAUCGAGGAUGACGUCACAGACGACGAUACGGUCGUUAUGCCUCUCAUAAGAAUGAAAAACAACAACAGCAACAACAACAGCAACAACAACAGCAACAACAACAGCAACAGCAAGAACAGCUGCAACAACAACAACAGUAAUAAUAUUAACAUUAAUCAAAAUAACAAAGAUCAAAUAGCAGUGAGAAUGAAAAUAACAAAUAAUAAUAAUAACAAUAAUAAUAAUAACAACAACAAUAAUAACAAUAAUAAUAAGAACGUUGAAUUAUUCCACGAAGGCAAUUAUUUGGAACUCCAACAUCAAGCCACUCCAACAUCAUCAUCAUCAACAUCGUCAUCAACUCUGAUGACGUCAUCCAUGAUAUCGUCCAGGACGUCAUCGUCGUCGACUCGCCCGUCAUCGUCGUCGUCGGCUGCCGCGCUGCUAAAGCCGUCGGCGACGUCGUUGUCUUCGCCACCGUCCGUCUUUCCGCCGUGGAAAAGAAUUAGCAAUGAUGAUGGUAAUGAUUGCGCUAGGAUGAAAUACGGCAAUGACGCUGUCGGCGGUGCUGAUAAUGAUGCUGGGAGCGGCGGUGCUGAUAAUGAUGGGGACUAUCUGAUACCGGAAGUAAAUUGCGGAAGUCCGUUUUACUUGCAGCUCUACAACGACGACGAUGGUGGUGGGGGUGGUGGUGGUGGUUCUCAUAACAUCCAUGACGUUGAAAGAACAAAGAACGAGGGUUAUGGAAAGCCAAACCAACAACAACAAGAGAAACAACAACAACAACAACAACAACAACAACAGAAACAUGAAAACGUCAUCAGCAAAGACACCGACGACUUGAAAGACAACAACAAAACCAACAACAACGUCAACAGAACUCCUUUUAAAAUGAAUAUCUUCGAAAACUUUGAAUAUUUUGACAAAUAA